AUGACUCACGGCGGAUCCGCUCGCGCAAGCCCCGUUCAUCCUCAAAACGAGCAAUACCAUCCACAUCAUUUGGUAGAGCCCUUGAUCUCUCGACAGCGGACAUAUGGAACAGCAGUACAAAGUCAACAGCCUUCACCAGCCCCUACGGUUCUGGGCUCGCACAUUGAGCACCCACAGCCUCUUCGACCAAACAUCGCUGCAGCAAGCCCUGUCCAAGACGCCGAUCCCAACAAAAACGCUGGUAGAAUCAGAUUGAGUAUCUCAUGGGACGUGACCACUUUCAACGUAUGGCUGGAUCUGAACGCACAUUGCGAUGCUUUCUAUAAAGCCUUCCAACAACAGGCCGCAAAGCAGCGCAAGAGCAUACUCGACCGAGCUACCAUCACAAUACAACUGAAGAAUGAUAAGAACAUGCCAGACGAGGAAGCCUGCCCCCUCUCACUUGCCGAAGAUGACUUGGAAGCAGAUUGGGAGAUGAUCACUGAAUGGUUGGAGGCAAAUAGGAGAGACAAAUCGCCUCAUAUCUAUGGCGUGGUAGAGAUGGAAGAAGGGUGA